UUGAGAAAGAAAAAAAGCUCAUACCAACAAGAAGUGACUCUACAAUCUUCCAUCUCCUCAAACUUCCCUAUUCCCAAUCUAUGCUGGUCGAAUUCCCAUGUAGCUUUUGAACAAUUUUCAUACUUUUAAAUUACAAAUUACUAUCUUUUCUAUUUGGAUUUUCACCAUGAAUAAAUCUUCCCCAUUUACCAUUUAAUAAGAAAAACCCUCCAUUAAUAUCAAAAUGCUGCUCUUGUUCUUCAUCUCCUCCUCCUGAUUAAAGCCAGCUUCCUAUUUUCAUUCCCUCUUCAUCUUCUUUCCCUUUUAAUCAUCUCCUUGAAUGUUGGUUUUUAUUUUCUCAAAAACCAUUUCCCAAAUUUCCCAUUUUCCCCCAUCCUCUGCUUCCUUUGUUCUCGCUGUUUAAACCCUCUUAGGUCUUCAAAAUUAAUGGCGAGAAAAAGCUUAUGAUUUUAUGUACUUUUCAGCCACGUUUAUCUUCCUUACAGCUUUUGGGACAAUAUUUUAAACUGGGUUCCUUCUUGUUUCGAUUUUCGUUGUGUUAUAUCCAAUCGAUACUAACUGUUUGUUUCUUAACGUACGGUUCGUUUGUAAGCUUUUUUCUUUGCAGCAAAAUGAAAAUGCAUUGUGAUGAUGAUGAUGAUUAUGUCAAUGGUGAAACUAAACCAGGUUCCAGACCCUUCUCCCUAAGACAGUUUGUUGUUGAUGCUAGGAGGAAAGAUAUUUUUCAGUGUUGGCCAUUUCCAAAGAAAUACUUGCAAGUUUGUAUGAAAUAUGGUAUCACUAAUGUGUUACCACCCUUUGAACUGUGUAUUAAUCCGUCUACUCGAGCAAUGAACAAGAACAUCGGCCAGACAUGUUCUGAUCAACAAUGUAAAGAUCAUGUUUCCUUUGAAAAUAAGGCGGUUUUGCAGGAGAAAUUGAUCAAAGAUGAGUGUAAUUGUUACUAUGAUCAGAUGCUGCUAUCAAACACCCCCUGCAACGAAAGCAACUUAAAUUUUGAUCACACUUCUGUUGUCACAGUUCCAGUAACUCGAGAAUCGAGUUCCGUACAAGGUUCUAACCCCCAUGUUCAUUGGAGAAUCGAUACGGUUUCCCCCAAGAAGACGAGACACAAGCAAAAAAAACGUAAAGGGAGACAGAAGAAACGAUUGAUGUCAGAUAUUUUAGCAAGAGCAAAGCCAUGUACUUUGGAGGAUUAUAGUAUUAGAUGUAACUCAAUAACCCUCUCUAAUGAUGAUGAAGAAGCCAUUGAUGACAAAUUGUCAAGCAAAGAUGUUAGGGUUCUAACCAUAAAGUUUGGUGGAUGCAUAUCCAAGACAUGGAACAUCAAUUAAGGUACAUUUCCUGCUAUAAUUUUUGCAUCAAAUGUUAGUGUUCUAAUUGUAUUCUUAAAGCUUUCCAAAGUAACCAAUAUACAUACAUGUAUUAUAGGUUAUAAGAAAGUACUGCUAGUAUUUUCAUUGAUUAUCCACGUUACUCGGAUUCGGGUGUAAUGUAUGUGUGCGGUUCGGCAUUGAUACGUUUGAUUUUCUCUAAGUUUUUCCA